AAUGAUGCCCGCUGAAUUUACAGACGAACCGCCUUUCCACCCCCUGGACACUCAUUCCUUCAAUUGUUCACCAGGUAUAUGCACCCCCUACUGCAACGAAACGCUCAAUCCUUUCCCGGCUCUUGGUGGCUUGUCGCCACCAACUUUCGGGCUUUGUUUUCCUAUUUUACGAUAUCAAGAUGGCGACCGUCUAAGAUCGUCGACAAAGCCUUGUAACUGUAAAAAAUCACGAUGCCUAAAGCUUUACUGUGAUUGUUUUGCUCGCAGUGAGUACUGUGGAUCGUGGUGCAGUUGCAAUGGAUGUAUGAAUACAGAUGAAUAUCCUCUACAAAGAGAUUCAGCAACUAGAGCGUGUGUGGAACGUAAUCCAAACGCUUUUCGCUCAAAAGUAGACCAAAAGACGCACUAUAAAGGUUGCAACUGUAAAAGAUCAGGAUGUAGUAAGAAAUAUUGUGAAUGCUACGAAGCCAGUAUAGCUUGUACAAGUCUCUGUAAGUGUCUAGAUUGCUGCAAUCGCAAAGACGGUAAAAGAUCAAAGACUAAUUUAAAUAAAUCAAAGAAAAAAGAAUUUAACACGAAAGCUCGCCUAGAAGUUUCGGAUGACGAGUGGACCCCUGACAAUCAAACGAAAAAACGUAAACCUGCUAAACGACGUAAGCGUCUAUUGUGCUCCACUUCGAAUACUUUUACAAGGUUGGAUUGUAAUCCGGUUUCGGGAUGCAACAAACUUUCGCCACCUUUCACAAAUUACAAGGAAAAACGAAUAGAGGUGGAUGACAUCAGUAGACUUAGUGAAUGUACACGACAAGAAGUACUAGAUGCCGUUGAUGAACUAGUAGAUGUGACUGACAUGUCAGGUAGAAACGACACCCAAAAUCAACGCCGUAUUCUAAUGAGCUUAUCUGCCUUAUUAGUUGAUUUUCAAUCAAUUUAA